AUGUCAUCAGAAUUGCUUUCUAAUAAAUUUGAUGACGACCUGCUGUUCGAAACUGGCCAUGCCAGUUCCACUGUUAUAGACCAAACUGACAAAGUGUCACUAUGUUCCAAUAGCAAAGAGGGAUCCCUCGAUAAGGAGAAGAAGGAAAUGUACACUGAUGAACGUGAAAUUCAACCCACCACUACAGCUACGGAAUAUGAUGGUAUACCUUCAAUUAACCAUCCGUUAGAGAAAAGAAUCUUAAAGAAAAUGGAUAUGUUCAUUAUUCCUCUUAUGGGGUUGAUGUACUUCCUGUCAAAUUUAGAUAAAUCAAAUAUUGGUAAUGCUGAAGUCGCAGGGUUGAGUGAAAGUUUACAUUUAAAAGGUAAAGAAUAUAAUACUUGUGUUACUGUAUUCUUCGCUACUUAUGUCCUUUUUGACCCUGUUGGUACAAACAUUUUGAAGUUCUUAGGUCCAAAGGUUAUGAUGAGUUCAUGCCUGCUUAUAUUUGGUGCAAUCUCUCUAGGUUCUGCCUGGUGUAAAAAUUAUGGUCAUUUAUUGGCUGUAAGACUACUAUUAGGUUGUUUUGAAGGUAUGAUCUAUCCUGCCAUCAACAUGUACCUAUCCAUCUGUUACAGAAGAGAACAAUAUGCCAAGAGAUUUGCUUUUGUUUUCUCUGCUGCAUGUUUGUCAUCUUCAUUUGGUGGGUUAAUUGCUUAUGGAUGUUCCAAAAUCAACGGGGCUUUGGCAUCUUGGCAAUACAUUUUUAUUGUAGAAGGUGCUAUCUCAAUUGGGUUCGUCCCAUUCUUCUUCUUCGGUUUGAGUAAGAAUUUGGAAGAUAGUUGGUUCUUCAAUAAGGAAGAAAGAGAAUAUGUUAUUGAAAGAUACGCUACAAUGAAUACUUUUAACCCAGAUGAAAAAUUUGAAUGGUUCCAAGUCAGACUAGCUGUCAAAGAUAUUAAAACUUGGGUCAGUGCUGUCGCUCUAUUCGGUAUCGAUUUAACCACUUUCGGUUUGACUGUCUUCUUGCCAAUUAUCGUCACAUCCUUGGGUUUUUCCAAUGUCAGAGCUCAAUUGAUGACAGUCCCUGUUUAUUUCUUAACAGCUAUUGUGUUCUUUAUUUGUGCCAGAUGGUCUGAUCGUCUAAGAUUAAGAAGUCCUUUCAUUAUCGGUGCUUGUAUAACCACUUGUAUUGGUUUAUCAAUUGUUUUAGGUUCAACUGUACAUGCUGUAAGAUAUUUCGGUGUCUACAUCUUAUGUAUGGGUAUUUACGUCAAUGCUGCUGUCAACUGUUUAUGGUUAAGUGGUAACAACGGUAAUUAUUACAAGAGAGCCACUGCACUAGGUAUCAACCUAUUUUUGGGUUCUGGUUCUGGUUUAGUUUCUGGUCAAAUCUUUUUAGCUCAAGACAAACCUCGUUAUAUUAAAGGUUUAUCCUUAUGUUUAGGUUUCCAAGUCCUAUCGAUAGUUAUGACAAUUAUUCAAUUUUUAUUAUACAAGCGUGAAAAUGAAAAGAAACAAGCUAUAAUAGACCGUUGUAAUGAACUAGGUGAGCCUAUUCCAUAUGAUGAUAGAUUAAGUGAUUUGAAUCCGGAAUUCAAAUACAUGUACUAG